AUGGGGAGUCCCGCAAAGGAAUUAAAUUUAACUGUAAGCACAAGUGAUAAUUGUAAGGUUUUAGAUCAAAGCGUAUCUAGUGUUGGAAACAAUGUGGUUGAUAAUUCAGAUACAUCACAAAUAGACACAUCCAAUAAUGUUACGGUUAGUGAUGCCAAUUCGUCUAAAGAAGAGGAGUCGAUUAUUGGAAAUUCAAAGAAAUUAAAGAAAAAGACUCGCCAUGGCAAGAAAGGUGCUCUAAAAGAAAAUCCAGAAAGGAGUACUGUUCGCAGGCUACAUCACGCAGGCACAAAAUUUAAGCAAACUAAGAAACGUGCACAAAGUUUUCCAUCUAUUUCUAAGUUUUUCCUUCCAUACAAUCGUCCGCGAAAGGAAGCCUUUAUUCCUCCGACGAAAUUUUUACUUGGCGGUAACAUAUCUGAUCCCCUGAAUCUUAAUAGCUUACAAGAUGAGGAUGUCAAUAGAGCUAUGAAUGCUGUUACACCUGAAUCUUCUCCAUUACCCACACCACCACGACACAAGGCAAAGAUAGAUGUGAUUAUUCCACCUAACAUAAGAGAUCCUUUGAAUCUAAUGGAACCUCUGGACAAUGAGGAGUAUGAGAAGAGGCUUGAGAUGCAGCAACGCAAAAAAACACCUAGGAAGAAGCCACGCAUUAGACGUCGAACAGCAGAAUCUGUUGCAGCCGAUGUUGAGGCUACUGUGGAAGAAAAGGAGCACAUCAAAGAACCACCUCCACCCGAACCAUCAUCUUCAAAGUCGCGCAAACGUUCAUGUAGUGACAGUGACAAUAAUUCGCAAAAAUGUAAAGAUGCCAAAAAACUACGCCGCAUGGAAUCUCUGGAUAAAAUUGUUAGUCCUGUGGUUCCACAACCUGGUGCAUGGAUGAGGGCAAGGCCCCAACAAAGGACAGGGCCACAAGAAAGACCAGCAUCUCCUCACAGGACCAAACUGAAGAGUCUAUCUGAAGGUGAACAGAAACUGCCAACUUUUCACCCAAAGAACUCUCGCUAUCAAUAUGGAAACUAUGAUAGGUAUUAUGGAUAUCGUAAUCUCAAUGCAAUGAUGGAUAUUCGUCUGCAAGUAUUUGAAAUGCAUAGGCAUUUGUUCCAAAAUAAAGAUAUCUUGGAUAUUGGUUGUAAUGUUGGUCAUAUCUCCAUAGCAGUGGCUCGUACACUUGGUGCCAAAUCAGUUGUGGGCAUUGACAUUGAUAAUCUUCUUAUUGGAAGAGCGCGUAAAAAUCUCCAUUCGUUUAUACCAGUCCCAUUACCACAGCCAAAGGGUGACGAUGAGAAAAAGCCAGAAGAUCUACACGAUGAUAAGAAAUUACAUUGCGAUAAAUGUAAAGAAGAGAAAUGUGACUGUUCUGCAUCAGAGCAGAAGGAAAAAGAAGAUGACAAGAAAGGAAGAAAGAUUAAAAGACCCAGAAAGAACCGAAAGGCUAUUGGCAAGCCCGAGGGUCAGUGUUUCUUUCCCAUGUCAAUGUCAAUGAUGUAUGGUCCAAUGGGAAAUGUUCCCGAGGAAACAACACCAGCAACAUUUCCAUAUAAUGUCACAUUUAAACAGGGCAACUACGUGCCCCGUGAAGAUGUGGCAGUGGGGUCUAUGGAGUCACCACAAUUCGAUCUGAUCCUGUGUCUGUCUACCACGAAAUGGCUUCAUUUAAAUUGGGGUGAUGCUGGUAUUAAGCGAGCGUUUAAAAGAAUGUUCAAUGAUCUACGUCCCGGAGGAAAGCUCGUGCUUGAAGCACAAAACUGGGCUAGCUAUAAGAAGAAAAAGCGUUUAACGCCAACAAUUUACGAGAACUUCAAUUCAAUUGAACUGUUCCCGUACAAGUUCCGCGAGUAUCUACUUUCACCCGAAGUAGGUUUCAGCAAGUGCUGUGUUCUAGGCGUGCCCCAACAUGCCAGCAAGGGGUUCACGCGUCCCAUCCAGUUGUACGUUAAAGGGGACUUCACCCCCAGCAAGGCCCGAUGGUCGGAUGCGUACGCGCCGUCAUCCCAUCACAAGCCCGAAGCCGAGUCUCCCCGUCGGACGGUGUACGCCCCAGUGGCACCUGCGUACCGGCCGAGCGACGAUGCGCCAUCUUGCGGGGCCGUUACCCCGUAUUCGCCGAACUUGGAUUGCAGCGCCGACGAUUCGCCCUUCUACAAUCCGCGGAGUGACUCAUACGCGCCGUCGUACCAGCCCCCGAGGCCCACUGUGUAUGCGACGAUUCCGUCUCCCCUGGGAAGUGCAUCCCCAGCGGCGUCCCCCGCCGCUUCCCCUGCCCCCCACGCGUCCCCCGCGCUUGACCCCUUGACUGCGAGAGGAUUCCCCGCACCGGAACGCCUACACGACGACUGA